AUGGCUCCCACGACCAAAGACAAAUACUCCAUCAUCCUCCCUACAUACAACGAGCGCCGCAAUCUGCCCAUCAUUACAUGGUUGCUCAACCGCACCUUCACCGAGCAAAACCUCGACUGGGAACUCAUCAUCGUUGACGACGGCAGCCCCGAUGGCACCCAAAUCGUCGCAAACCAACUCGCGAAAGCCUACAGCCCACACGUCCUCCUGAAAGCGCGCGCUGGAAAGCUGGGCUUGGGAACAGCAUACGUACACGGCCUGCAGUUCGUGAGUGGCAACUAUGUCAUAAUCAUGGAUGCGGAUUUCUCCCACCACCCGAAAUUCAUCUCGCAGAUGAUCGCGAAGCAAAAGACGCUCCCGACGAACGGCGGCUAUGAUAUCGUAACCGGUACACGGUAUGCUGGAGAUGGAGGCGUAUACGGAUGGGAUUUGAAGCGGAAGCUGGUUUCGAGGGGAGCAAACCUUUUCGCGGAUACGGUGCUUCGACCUGGUGUUAGUGAUUUGACUGGCAGUUUCCGGUUGUAUAAGAGGGCUGUUUUGCAGAAAGUCAUCGAGAGUACGGAGAGUAAGGGAUACACAUUUCAGAUGGAGAUGAUGGUUCGGGCAAAGGCGAUGGGCUGUACGGUUGCGGAGGUCCCGAUCACGUUUGUGGAUCGUCUCUACGGUGAUUCGAAAUUAGGCUCUCAGGAGGUGGCCGAAUAUGCUAUGGGGGUUUUGAGAUUGUGGAUGAAGGUUUAG